AUGAGUGCACAAGUAGUUGGUUGGCCUCCUAUUCGAUCAUACAGAAAGAACACUUUACAAGCGAAGAAGUACGUUAAAGUGAGCACGGAUGGAGCUCCUUAUUUAAGGAAGAUUGAUCUCAACAAUUGUAAAUGCUAUCCGGACCUCCUUAAAGCUUUAGAAAAUAUGUUCAAGUUUACCAUUGAGAGGGAAGGCUACAAUGGAUCUGAAUAUUCCCCAACACAUGAAGAUAAAGAUGGUGACUGGAUGCUAGUGGGAGACGUUCCAUGGAAUAUGUUCGUUAACUCAUGCAAGAGACUAAGGAUCACGAAAGGAUCAGAAGCCAGAGGCCUCGGCUGUGCAUGA